GAUCUAUUUGAUGCUUGCUUAACUCAAGAGAUGCAGCAGAGGGCGCUGUACCUAGCAACAUGUGGCCAUUAUAACGUGUUAAGCCUCAUUUGCCAUCUAUUCCGACUUGACACUGGUGAUAAUCGCCACCUAACGGGACACCUAAAUGUAAUGCUAGAAAGACAGCAGUUUAAGGAGGUUUGCAGGUGUAUUACCCAGCUAAAUCUACAGCACUGCUUUUCAAUUCACCAGGUAGUUGUGCCACUUGUUCUGCAAGACAAAGUGAAUCUGGUAGAAACAUAUUGCAAGAAGCAUAAGAAACUACAAAUACAGUUACUCCAGUACCUCGAUCAGUUCUGUGCAAAUGGAUUUGAUGUCGAUUUUGCAAUAGGAAAUCUUGGUGUCCCUGGUGUAAGGAAGGAUAAACUCUGUCCUCGUGUGAUGCGGAAGCUGGUUGCCCGACUACUGAAAAUGUAUAAUUUGGAGUCUGAAAUUUGUCCAAAUUACGACAAGACCAAAAAUAUGGGAGCCCUAAAAUAUCUUCUCUAUAAGCGAUAUAAUGAGCCUGCAUCAUGUUCCAGUAAUUGGGAGGAUUUUGUAGAGCAAGCUGUGGGCGAUAACCACAUUCUUCAGGAUGAGCUGAUCCUACAGUUUAUAUGUUAUGAUGAUUUACAAGCCGCUGUGAAGUGGGCUAAGAAGUUGAAUGUUAGCAGUGACAGGAUGCCGGAACAAGUAGUCGCUGCUAUCGCUGAGGCUCAAAGGAUAUGGUAUUAACCAUGAUCUUCAAAUGUUGGUGAAAUCAUAUCCAUUUCUGGCAGAUUGUGUAAAGAAGACAUUAAGAAUGAAUGAUUUGGCCAGUUUACAAUCUAAGUUUGAGUCCAUGAAACCAGAUAUCUUCGGCACGCCUGAUUCCGAUAUGAUUUCGAAAGGACUGAGUGGUUUAGUAAACCGAUGUUUUGGUCAACCCCUUGACAAGAGAGAACAGAUGUCAGAUUGGGAAUCCCGGCCAUUGAGCCAAUCGCAGAUUGUAUAUGGAGCUUUAGAUGCAUAUUGCUUGCUUGAAGUCUUUGACUUCAUGAAGGUGCUAGCAGAGUCUUCUAGUCUAGACAUUGAUAUGGAAUCUGGUAUUACAACAAAAACACCGAAGAAAGUGAAGCCUAGAAAAAAGAGAGACAAAGAGAAAUCUGUAAAUGCAGUUUCGUCACUUGCUAAUCUCUCCAUCUCUAGUGACAGACACAAGGAUCCAAUAUCACCUGCUGAUUUAUCGGUUGUCUGUGAUACGAUGCUUCAGGGGCUUGGUAAACAACUUCGCUCGUGUGGAGUGGAUGUUAAGAUUCUAGAAAAUGACCAAGAUCAUUAUCAAGCAGUUAAGAUUGCGAAAACUGAAGGCCGUAUCAUUCUGACAAGAGGAACACCAUAUAUAUCAUUGCGAUCACAAGUCGGGGAUGACCGUUGCUAUCUUGUGAGGUCACUGAAAGCUUGUGAUCAACUGGUGGAGGUCCUUAAUUUUCACAACGUGCACGUCACCCCAAAAGAUAUUUUCAGUCGAUGUCAGAUGUGUAAUGGUAAUGGUUAUGCCAAAGUAACGUCUGCUACAAUGAGGAUAGCCUUUGAGAAGAAGAAUGCAAAUCAACAACAGCAACACUCAAUGCAAUUUGGGCCAGCAGAAAUGGGUGCGUACUCUGACCCUUACGGAUUUGAUCUGGAUGAUGCUGAAGAUGAAAUGGAGUUCUUCCUUGAUUCUGAUGUAACGAGUAACAAAGCAAGCGGAUAUUAUGAUGAUUAUGUUAAUGAGUACAUCUCUCUAGAAAACACCAAUUCGAAAUUCAACAUACCAACCGAAAAACCUCAUGAACAGGAAGAUGAGGGCGCUGUAGCAUGUAGUUCAAAUGGAUACAAGGAAAGUUUUGUAUCUUCCGAUCAUACUAUUAAUCUAGAUGACCUAACUGUUGGUGAUGGGGUCCAAGUUCAGAUGGAUGUCUUACAAGAGAGUAUGUUUGACAAUGUUGACAUCUUCUUCUGUUGCAUUAAAUGUGGCAAAAUUUAUUGGGAGGGAAAACAUUUCUGUAAUGUAUUGGAACAGUUUUCACAUAUUCUUCAUAGAGGGCCUGAUAGACAGGGACGUGACGUACUUGGAUCGCUUGAACAAAAUGAUGGGAUUGAAGCGAUGUAGAAGGGUUUUGUUUUGUAACUGUGUAUCAUUUUAACCAAAUAAGUAUGCUUGCAGAAUUCAGUUGAAAUAAAUGUAUGUUUUAUGAUUCCUGUGUAUUUUAAUUUUUAAUAAAGAAAAUGUGUAAAAAG